AUGAUGGAGUGUGUGGUGAGUAUUGUCAGAUCGUUUCAAUCUAAUGAUUUUGGCAUUUUGUGUUUGUUUGUCCACAGGUUUGAUUAUCAGGAGCUGCUGCACAACUCCAGUUUUUGUCUUGUUCCUCGGGGCAGGCGGCUCGGCUCCUUCCGCUUUCUAGAGGCCCUGCAGGCGGCCUGUAUUCCUGUGCUGUUGAGUAACGGAUGGGAGCUGCCGUUCUCAGAGGUCAUUGACUGGAGUAAAGCGGCCAUCAUCGGGGAUGAGAGAUUACUGCUGCAGGUUCCAUCUAUCACCAGGUCUGUAGGUCCUGACAGAAUCUUGGCCCUGCGGCAGCAGACCCAGUUCUUAUGGGACGCCUACUUCUCCUCUGUCACAAAGAUAGUCUUGACCACACUAGAGAUUAUUCACGACAGAAUCCGAAUGCACAUGUCCAGAAGCAGACCGAUGUGGAACUCUGUUCCUGGAGGGCUCUACGCACUUCCAGAGUUCUCCAGCGACCCCACCCUCUUCCCGUUUUACUACUCGCCACUCGGUAAGGGUCCAUCUCAGGAUUUCACAGCCGUCAUUCAAGCGGUCACACCCCUACAGUCCCAACAGCAGCCCAUUUUCAAACUCAUCCAUGCCGUCGCCAAGUCCAAGUUCUGCACACAGAUUUUAGUGCUGUGGAACUGUGAGAAGCCUCCGCCGCCCAGAAACAAGUGGCCCUCCAUCUCAACACCCUUCACUAUCAUUGAGGGCAAGAAAAGGACGAUGAGUGGCCGUUUUUUUCCUCAUCAUGCCAUCAAAACUGAUGCAGUUCUCAGUCUGGACGAGGACUCGGUUCUGUCCACCAAUGAGGUGGAUUUCGCCUUCAUCGUUUGGCAGAAUUUUCCGGAUCGGAUCGUUGGCUACCCAGCACGCAGCCAUUACUGGGACAGCGGGAAGGGGAGGUGGGGUUAUACCUCUAAAUGGACCAAUGAGUACUCAAUGGUGCUGACAGGAGCUGCGUUCUACCACAGGUAUUAUCAUCAUCUCUACACAUACUACCUGCCAAUGUCCCUGCUCUCGAUGGUGGACCAGUUGGCCAACUGUGAGGACAUCCUCAUGAAUUUCCUCGUCUCCGCGGUAACCAAGCUCCCGCCAAUCAAAGUCACACAGAAGAAACAAUACAAGGAGACCAUGAUGCAGCAGGGCUCUAAGGCGUCUCGAUGGGCUGACCCAGACCACUUUGCACAGCGUCAGUCCUGCAUGAACUCUUUCACAAGUUGGUUUGGCUUCAUGCCUCUCAUCCACUCUCAGUUGCGUUUGGAUCCCGUGCUCUUCAAAGACCAGGUCUCCAUCCUACGCAAAAAAUACAGAGACAUCGAGAGGCUGUGAGGAGCUUCAUGCAUUUUCCGUCCUGACAUAGUUGAUUUGCCUGGACUUGUUAACAGAUACAAUAUAUUCUGUCUUCGAAAUAUGCAACACUUGAUGGUUUUAUCUUCAGAUAAAAGUUUGGAAGUCGCACCGCUUUGGAUUGCGUCUUUGCAGCGACCGGAUUGGCUCUGUUGGUGUUGUCGUGUGACUUAUGUUGGUGAUGUCAUCUGUGAGAGGGGAUGAAGCGGAAGUUAAAGAGACGUGUGAAUGGAUAAAAAACAAGGGUCGCCUAUGCCUGCAAUAUGUAUUUAAUUUAUUUUUUAUUUUGUAAAGAAAUUAUGUUUUUUUAAAGAAGUAAAAAAAUAAAACCUAUGAAUGCAAAGUGGGU